UGAGAGUUAGUUAGCCAGAUGGCAAGAGGAGUAUAUGCCUAUUUAGCAAAAACGAAUCACGCUUUUGUCAUUAUGUGGUCUUGAAACGAACGAACAGUUUUUCUUCUUGCUCCCGAUCUGCAAUUUGCCUUCUCCUUCCGAAUUCUUUUCUGCUUUCUUCUCACGUGUUUGUUACUUGGGCGAGCUUUAGAGGUUUAGGCUGCAUCAUAGGAACGGAAGAGACAAAGACACGGCGAGAAAGUGAUGAGUGAGGGUGGAAGUGAAGAUGAAACUUUGGAGUAUACACCUACAUGGGUGGUAGCUGGUGUGUGCACCGUCAUCGUUGCUAUUUCUCUGGGUGUUGAAAGGCUUCUUCACUUUCUUGGACAUUAUCUCAAAAGAAAACACAAGAAACCUCUUUUUGAAGCUCUUCAGAAAGUUAAAGAAGAGUUGAUGCUUUUGGGUUUUAUAUCACUAUUGUUGACGGUGUUUCAAGGGGCAAUCUCCAAAUUCUGCAUUCCUGAGGAUGUAGUGGUUUCUAUGCUUCCAUGUAAACGCCCUAAAGCUGCUUCAUCAGAGGGUGAGCAUUCUAAUGCUACAACUACAACAUCACAUUUUCAGGGGUCUACUGCAUCUUCUCCUGCUGGCACAGCUAGCCCUCUUCUGGCCAAAGAAUUUUCGGCGGGUUAUUGUUCUAAGAAGAAUAAGGUACCAUUGUUGUCAGUUGAAGCAUUGCAUCAUCUCCAUAUCUUUAUCUUUGUGCUAGCUAUAGUCCAUGUGACUUUUAGUCUUCUAACUGUUAUUUUUGGAGGAGCAAGGAUACGCCAAUGGAAGCACUGGGAGGAUUCAAUUGCUGAACAAGAGCUCAACUCAGAGGACGUUUUGAAGAUAAAAAUCACCCAUGUUCAACAACAUACUUUUAUCAGAGAGCAUUUCCUAGGAAUUGGUAAAGAUUCAGUUAUCCGGGGAUGGGUGCAUUCUUUUUUCGAGCAAUUCUAUGCAUCUGUUACCAGAUCAGACUAUGUGACACUUAGACUAGGUUUCAUCAUGACUCAUUGCAGGGGAAAUCCAAAGUUUAAUUUCCACAGAUACAUGAUGCGUGCUCUUGAAGACGAUUUUAAGAAAGUUGUUGGUGUAAGCUGGUAUCUUUGGAUAUUUGUGGUCAUAUUCUUGCUGUUGAAUGUUAAUGGUUGGCAUGCCUACUUCUGGAUAGCAUUCAUUCCUUUCAUUCUUUUACUCGCUCUGGGUACUAAGCUGAAGCAUGUCACCAUCCAAUUGGCUCAUGAGGUUGCUGAGAAACACACUGCCGUGGAAGGGGAGUUAGUGGUCCGACCAUCGGACGAUCACUUUUGGUUCAAGAAACCCCAUAUAGUCCUCAGCUUGAUCCAUUUUAUCCUAUUCCAAAAUUCCUUUGAGAUUGCGUUUUUCUUCUGGAUUUGGGUUCAAUAUGGCCUUGAAUCCUGCAUCAUGGGAAAACUUCGUUACAUUGUGCCACGUCUUGUGAUUGGGGUAUUCAUCCAGGUUCUUUGUAGUUACAGCACCCUGCCGCUUUAUGCCAUUGUCACACAGAUGGGUACUUCUUUCAAGAAGGCAAUAUUUGAUGAACAUGUGCAAGAAAGGUUAGUUGGUUGGGCUGAAAGUGUGAAGAAAAAGAAAGGAUUAAGAGCAGCCUCUGAAGAGGUGUCUACUCAGGCAAGUUCCCAUACUGAAAUUCAGUUAGAAUGAUUUAUGGGCAAUGUAGUUGCGACAGAAGAGGUUCUGCCUUCUGACGGGUCAGAAUGAUAGGCAGAGUUAUACCAUUCAAAAUGAGAUUCCACCUUUCGGCAUGUCAAAAUGAGCAGCAGGAUGAGGAUACUUUAUACCAUUCAAAAGCAAAUGUGUGCUUGAGCUAUAUAUUUGAAUUACACUAUUUUGUUUCAUCUUGAAUAUGUUAUGCUACUAAAAUGUAAUUUAAAAACUUUAAGUUUGGGAAUAAAACGUCCAUUUCUUUUCAUGAAA